CCGCCAUCUUGCCAUCUCGCCAUCUUGCCCAUCGCUCCCUAUUCAGCCUUCACCCAAACGUUCGAACUCACAAACAACCCACCAAUACUCGCUUUAAUCACCCAACCACAGCAGAGCCAGGGUCGAAGGAAGAAUACAAGAUGCCUCGCAACCGCCGUCCAUCUCGUCCUGCCCCGGCCCCUGCUCGCCGUGCUGCCCCUCCAGUCCAGCAGCCAACUCGCUCGGCUUCUACCGCCUCUGUCCCCGUUCGCACCGCCGCUCCUCCUGUGCCGGCGACCGCUCAAGCCCAUCCUCCAGCAACCACUGCGCAGGGCCAAUCUCCAGGCUUGUUCGGUCAGAUGGCUUCCACUGCAGCAGGAGUUGCGGUCGGGAGCACCGUUGGGCACAUGGUUGGAGCCGGGAUCUCUGGAAUGUUCGGCGGAUCGAGUGCCCCUGAACAACCCGCUACUGCUGAGCCCGUCAAGUCCGAGUCUGCUUCCUCCGGUACCUGGGCUUCCGCUCCCUCUUGUGAAGCUGAUGCGAUGAACUUCACAAAGUGUCUUGAUGAGAACCAGGGCAACAUGCAGAGUUGCUCGUGGUAUCUUGAUCAAUUGAAAGCAUGCCAAAACAUGGCCAAGAACUAUUGAGUUCAAUUGCACUUUCUUUCUUUCGACCAAAUAUUUUUCCUUUCUCUUGUAAAGAAAGCUUUCCCGGAUAGCUUUUUAUUAGAGUUGGAAUGAACGUCAUACCACUCAUCCAAUCUGUAUUGGUAAAUCUUUGCAGUUAGAAAUUGUAACAAAAGUAUCUUCACUCACGAA